AUGGCAAAAAAGCAACAUGGUUUUGGUAAACGACUCUCACAAUUUUUAUCAAAAAUGUUUUGGCAUUUGAAUCAACCAGUUGUACCAAUGUAUUCUUUUCCAAAUCAAAAGCAGUCAACACCAUCAUCAUCGAAAAAAUCGAUUAAAAAGGUUCAACCCAAAUCUGCUUAUCAAAUUUCACCAAUUGGUGGCAAUCAUCUACAUAGUCAUUAUGCAUCAUCACAUCAAACAUGUUCAGUACGACAACGCGCUGUAACAUUAUCAUCAAUUCAAGAAGAAUAG